AUGGCGAGCAACCGCUUUGACACGUUCAGUGCAGCCUCCAACUUGAGAGCGGCAAUUGCUUCACAGCCCUCCCCGUCUCCUUCAACGGGUAAAGCCACACCAGACAGUCAGAAGCCGCGUAAGAGAAAGGGACACCGGGGCGGCAAGAAGAAGCGAUCGCGGCGAAAGAGCUUUGCUAUACUCGCAGAGGAUAGCCAUGAUGAAGCUGGUCCGUCGGGCUCUGGCCUGCUGUAUCAGGUGCCGAGCGCCAACCUAAGCGGUACCAGCAUUGACAGCGAAGCACUGCUUGACCAUCGAGAGCAGAAGCCGAUGCGAAUGCGCCGUGCGUCGACAAUAGCGGGUGCGAGUCCCUUCCACAAUCCGUUUUCCUCGACUCCGGGUGGCAGCCGGCUGCGUUCUAUGCAGAUUCCAACUAGUGCUGAGGGAAAUGGCGAGCGAAGUCCCUGGGAUGAGACGGCUCCAUUGCUGCCAGGAUCUUCAAAGAAGGGCACGCCAACAGGCCCUUCAAGCUAUGGAGCAAGUGAUGCCAAAGGCGGCCGAAAUAGAAGCCGACGAUCCAGCAGGUCAUCGAAGAAUAGGCUACAACUUCCGCAGAGUGCCAUGGAUGGGUGGGACGUGAACCAUCCGCCCUCUGUCCCGGGCUCACCCACAUUUGCUGCGGCUGGCCCAGAGUUGGUGUUUGGAGACGUCAUGAUUCGGGACGAUCUAUCUCUAGGUGGUGGUAGUGGUCGGCACUCAGAUAAUGAGGAGGCCGUGUCAGAUACUGAGGGCUCAGCUCAUGACCACAGACAGGAUAUUCAUCGACGGCCCACAGUCGACGCUUCUGGAGACGUUUGCUUCCCUGCACCGGGCAUGUCAGAGCUUGGUGAGGAGGAAUAUGAUGCUCAGUCUAGGGACCCUCAAGUCCAUCAGCGGCGUGGACGUCGACGACGUGGUCAAUGGCCAGACUUAUCUGUGUUGGAGGAAUGGAGGCAAUAUGAAAAGGAGGAUCGCAGUGAAGAGCGACGGGUCAAGAGAAUCACGGAGCCACAGCUGAUUAACGGGCGGUUGCGCCCCAUUCGAAAGGGAUGGUUUCAGACUGAUGAAGAGAUCCCUUAUCGAUUCACAUAUUUCAACGAAGAAUUCCAAAGCACCAUACACAGUCAGACAAUAUCAGAGCUUGUCCAGCCUGGAAGCGACUUUCGAGAGCUCUUUAUCCCCGACCCACGCAUUCUAUCAGAUGAUGAGACUAGCGAUGACGACGAUACUGUUUCACUGGCAACAAAGCGUCAGCACUCUUUCAACGGUCUAGAUGUUGAUUCCAAGCUGUCCACUCGUCAGCCAUCCAUCGCCGAGUCACGAAGAGGCGGCACCAUGUCGCCCAGCCUGGAUCCUGGUAAUGCAUCCCGACGUGCUAGCCCAAGCGGGAUCAAAUCACCUAAAGAUAAUACCAUUCCUACUUCCGCUCCUACCACGGCAGAACAGACAGAAAAGCCUAUUCGUUACGGGGAGCGGCCAGUAUGGUGGCUCGAUGUCCUUUGCCCUACAGAGGCAGAAAUGAAAGUAAUUGCCAAGGCAUUUGGCAUUCACCCCCUCACUGCCGAAGAUAUCAUGCUCCAAGAGGCGCGAGAAAAAGUUGAGCUCUUCCGCCACUAUUACUUCGUCAACUACCGAACAUUCGACCAGGACAUCAACAGCGAGAACUACCUCGAACCAGUCAACAUGUACGUUGUCGUCUUCCGCGAAGGCGUGCUCAGCUUCCACUUUUCCAUGACGCCUCAUCCCGCCAAUGUGCGCAGACGUAUCCGCCAGCUACGAGACUACCUCAUCCUGUCAUCCGACUGGAUAUCCUACGCCAUCAUCGACGACAUUACCGAUGUUUUCCAGCCUCUCAUCCAAACUAUUGAAGAUGAAGUCGACGAAAUUGACGAGAACAUCCUACGCAUGCAUACACCCGAGAGAGACGAGAAAACAGCUCACCUCCGCGACGACAGUUCCUCCUUCUUCGACUCGGGAGACAUGCUACGAAGGGUAGGCGACUGUCGAAAGCGAGUCAUGAGUCUGUACCGCCUCCUGGGUAACAAGGCAGACGUCAUCAAAGGGUUUGCCAAGCGCUGCAACGAGCGUUGGGAAGUGGCGCCUAGGUCUGAAAUUGGUCUUUAUCUCGGCGAUAUACAAGACCACAUUGUGACUAUGACUUCUAAUCUUGGUCACUACGAAAAGAUCCUAGCCCGCUCCCACGGCAACUAUCUCGCUCAAAUCAACAUCCGGAUGAACGAGAGACAAGAGCAAACCGCCGAUGUCCUCGGCAAGCUCACCGUCCUAGGAACCAUUGUCCUCCCCAUGAACAUCAUCACCGGUCUAUGGGGGAUGAAUGUCUGGGUCCCAGGCCAGGAGUACGAAGGUGAUUUAGCAUGGUUUGCCUGGAUUACAGCUGGGUUACUGCUCUUCGGCACCGCUUGCUACAUGAUUGCGAAGAGAGUGUAUAACAUUGUUUAA